UGGAGUCGACGUUCGCUUGCCAACUGGGACAGCUUUUAUCCGGACAAAGAAUCAUCGAGGAGGAACGUGCCUCACUGAUCGCCCGUUUACGCCUUGUGCGAUCGUUCAGUACCGUACGCGGCCGACAACUCAUCAUUAUCGCGCGCCUCCUGGCUUCGUCGAUAUUGAUGUACUCGCGUAAUCUGGCCGAGGAUUGGACCAUAACAGCAAUGCUAUAUGACGGAUUCAUCGGAGAACUUACCACCCUCCUGAUGAUUGAAGACGUCUUCGAUCCUCUCAUCGAUACCAUCAAAACAGAAUCACUCCGUACGCUCGCCAGCAUCGUUUCACUUGGAAAACCUACCAAGCUCAAUCUGGUGCUUGAAUCGCUUGGUGCGAAUUCUUAUCAUGGUUUUCUGGCUCGCAUAACACGAUGCUGCGUGAAUGAUCUGCGAUGCGGAAAAGUGGGAAUUGGAAAUACAUCCGUACAGUUCUGUACUGCACUCUUCUCCCUCCUUUACCAUCUGGCCGGCUUUGACAAUGGUAGUCAGGCACUGAUUUCGUGCUCAAUGACUGAGAUACUGCUCAGUGUCGUAUCGUGCACCAAUCUACCGGUGCAACAUAUCUCGUUUGUGACACGUGCUGUUCGUGUCAUGGAUAUUAUGACAUCGCUCGAUGCCAACGGAUUCACGGCAUGCAACGGGAUGAACAUCAUUAUCCAGCGUUUAAUUACGGACGUGAACAUGUGCAUGAAACAUCUGCUUGAAUCGAAGAACCGAAAAACGGAGCAGUGCCAUCAGCAGCGUGCCGCACUGAUUAAAUCACUUCUGAAUUUUGUCAGACGAGCCGUUCAGGAUACACAUCUUACCGAAUCUGUUAGACAUAGUAAGUGCAUGUGCUUAUACUACCACUAG